AUGGUUGAAUAUAGAAAGCACACUAUGAACUCUAUAACAAACUCCUUUCGUAUUUUACCAGUCAUAAUUAUUCUCAGUUUUGGUAUAAUACGUGCUGCCCCCACCCCCAUUUCUGUAAUAUCUCCUAUCGAAGUGUUCGGGAGUAAGUUUUUCGUUAGAGACACAGGAGAACAAUUUUUUAUUAGAGGUAUUGCGUACCAACCUAGCAUCAUUGAUGACAAUUUAGAAGUGGAUGUUCGUGGUGCAAAAUACAUAGAUCCUUUAGGAGAUCCAAAACUUUGCCUUCGGGACAUACCACAUUUGAAAAAACUAAAGAUCAAUACUAUCCGUGUAUACUCUGUUGAUCCUUCGAAAUCUCAUGACACCUGUAUGCAGGCCCUCGCGGAAGCUGGUAUUUAUGUUUUACUUGACUUGGCGGAGCCUGACACCUCCAUCGUGAGAAACAAACCAUCCUGGGACAUCAUUGUUUGGAAGCGCUAUAUGGAUGUCAUUGAUGCCAUGCAUCAAUAUUCAAAUCUAUUGGGCUUUUUUUCAGGUAACGAAGUCACUAACGAUAUUACCAAUACAGAUGCAUCACCCUUUGUGAAAGCGGCCAUACGGGAUGUUAAGGAAUACAUUGACGCUAAUGGAUAUAGAAAAAUACCUGUAGGCUAUUCAACAAAUGACGACGCUGAUACAAGAGAUGAAUUAGCACAAUACUUUUCUUGCGGUGGAGAGGCGGCAGCUGACUUUUACGGAAUAAAUAUGUAUGAAUGGUGUGGUUAUUCUUCAUACGGAACGAGUGGAUAUAAGGAAAGAACAAAAGAGUUCGAAGACUUUCCAAUCCCUAUUUUCUUCUCUGAAUUUGGUUGCAAUCUGGUAAGGCCAAGACCCUUUACAGAAGUAGGUGCCCUUUAUGGAGCCAAGAUGUCAAAGGUAUGGUCAGGCGGCUUAGCUUAUAUGUAUUUCGAGGAAGAAAAUGAAUACGGCGUCGUUAAAAUCGAUGGAAACAAUAAGGUGAUUGAGCUUGAGGACUUCCACAAUUUGCGUGCUGAAUUUCAAAAAGUCAAUCCGGAACGGCUAGACAAACUGGAGUAUCUGAAAACUGUGAAACCGGCAGUUAAAACCACUUGUCCAAAAAUUUCAAAUUACAGUAAUUGGAAAGGCAGUACAAAACUUCCACAAAAGCCUGAUUACAACAAGUGUGAUUGCAUGCAAAAAACGCUGCCUUUUUUGGUGAAACCUUUCAAAAGUUCUUUAGAGCAUCAAGAAUACUUCGAUGGCAUCUGCAGCCAAGUCAACUGUUCAGACACGAUCGCUGACGGUGAGUUAGGCAUUUACGGUAGUUUUUCCGAUUGUACAUCCGAACAGAAGUUAGCAUUACAAGUAAGUAAAUUAUAUUCAGAUAGGUUGGACGUAGCGGUGGAUUUGGCCAUGGAUAACGAACAUAUCUACUAUAAUUCUGAAUAUCUCGAUCGAAUUCAGAGAAAUGACGAAUGCUCUACAAUGGUUGAGGACGUAUUGGACAUAAAAAACACUUUACAAAAAUCGAUAAAAAAAGAUGAUGAAAACAGUUCAGAUGGCGCAGAUCUGAAGGUUACAAAAUCGAACGCUGGUUCAUCUUCUCAUUACGUUAAUUCAGGUUGUGCACUCUUUUUCGUUACAAUAUUCAUUGCAAGCUUUCUUUUAUAA